UUUCUUUUUAUUUGAUUUCUUCGUGACACAGGUGUAGGAGUUGAGGAUGUAGAGGAGAAAUACUUCUGACGGUCUGUCCGUGAGGACCUUCCACUGUCUGCUACCUGUCCAGGUUAUCAACAUGGCCUUAUGGGUUCUUCAGAUAAGUGUGAUGGUGCUACCCAUCCUUCUUGGCAGCUGCCAAGGGAAAAGGGACACGCUGCUGUACUGUUCCGCAUGCAAGGCUGUUGUGGAUGAACUGAACUAUGCAGUCAGUCAGGUGGAUCCAAAGAAAACCAUCAACAUCGGCAGCUUUAGACUCGACCCUGAUGGAACCAUGAAAGACAAAAAGGUUCCUCUCGCCCGCUCGGAGACUCACCUCAGUGAGCUCCUGGAGGGGGUGUGUGAUCACAUGAGUGACUAUGCCCUCCAUGUUAACCCAGACACCCAGCAGAAAAGCUACAGGAGGUUUGCUCCCAGGAGCAGUGAGGUCACUGGAGACUUUCCCAAUUUUAAAGACUUCCAGUUUGAUGGACCUGAAGCAUCCAAUGCCCUUAAAUUUGCUUGUGAGACCAUCGUGGAGGAGCUGGAGGACGAGAUCAUCUCCGUUUUCAGCAGGGAUACACCACCUUCCGUGGACCACUUAUGUGCCACAGUGUCAGAUUACUGUAAAGACUCCGCCCACCAGAAUGAGGAGCUGUAAUUUUUGGUAAAACCACGUGGGAUGGGAUCUUCUGGUGAAGCGCUAAUGCUAAUCGAACAAAUGUUGAACAUAGGAUGAGCCACAGUUACUAUGACGACCUGGACAGAGAUGUCAGAGACCAGAGCUCGACUACAUUAGAGGCUGCUGGACGGGACUCGUGGCCGAUUCUGAAAACUAGCACAAACAUGCCAAACUGAAUAUACACCUCAGCUGAAAACAUACAUACAUACUCACUUUCCUCUGACUGCACAUUUUCUGUUUUGUCAGACAGCUGAAUUUAUUUCAAUCAAUCAAUCAAUUUUUUUCUAUGCAAAGUUAUAUAAACAUAGUGUGUACAAUAUCA